AAGUUAUUUAUAUAAUAAGCGAUAGUACUGAUACACACUUGUUUGUUUCAUAACUAGGACAUACCCCGUCAGACAGGGACAUGCAUGGGAUUAUUAUUAUAGUGACCAUUUCUUUACUGGCAAGAACCGUUCAACUCGGUGACGCAGACGAUAUCCAAGAUGUCAUUGAAACGCGUCGAUUGGUCAGAUACAUUAAUUCUUCACCAAAGGAAUAUGCGAAAAUAGCAAAACUCGUUGAAAACGCGGCGAAUAUAAACGGAAUGUUCCGUACGUUGCAAACCGAACCAUGGGAGGAAUUUAGGAAUGAAAACAUUCCCGCUGUAAUGGCGGACAACGUGACAGAAUUACCCGUAACAACCAUUCCUACUACUAAGCCUACCACAAAGAAACCAAAACCGAAGAGAUUUCCAAUAUCCGAACUAUGUGCCAACCAUUCGGAAGCAUUGAAACAAGGACUUGCAAGACAGGACGUCUGGGCUGUAAGAAUGAUAGAUGCAGCCGGCAAACCGCCAGCAAACAUUCUUGGCGGAGGAAUCGUCUGGUUCGGAGAUUUUGAUGAGUGUCUAGCUAUACAGGAUGUUGCCACCAAUGUUAGCGGCAUCAAGUACAGAUUUGAUGCACAAUACUGCAAAGCACGUGUUCCACUGAAGGGGCCUCUCAAUAAUAUAAUACCCGGCAAUCCGACUGUUACUAUUGGUGUGUGCGUGCCUGACAGUUGUUCUAAGCAGGACGUACAAAAUCUGCUUCGUAAAUUUUUAUAUGAGAAUGUAUCAACCGAAUUGACAGCCAGUAUACAGACCUGCGUAGAAACAGAUAUACCAUACGAUACAAGAGCUGAAAUAGUACUGGUAGUUAUUGGACUAUUUAUCGCCGCCAUGCUAUUCGGCACCGGAUAUGACCUCAUUGUUAUACAAUGGCCAAAAUGGCGACGGAUAGAAGAAAUCACCUCAAGUGAGGAGAUCGCAAUCGAAGCAAGUGAAAAACAGCAAUUGAUUGAAAACACAAAAUCACGGAUCAAAGAAUAUCAGCCCGGUAUUACAAAAUAA